AUGAUAAACACAAAGGGAAAGAGGAAGGGCACUCACUAUAUGUUCUCUAUCCCUUUCAGGAUACACGAGGUGGUUCCUUUUAUCACAUAUAUGGGAAUCUACAGAAUGGGUGAUAUUGUAGACAACAAGGGAAUGGGCACUGUUCAAAGUGGGAUGCCUCAUAAGCGCUAUCAUAGCAAAAUCUUAAGAGUCUACAAUGUCACCCAGCAUGUUGGGGGCAUCAUUGUGAACAACCAGGUUAAGGGCAAGAUAGUCACCAAGAAAAUCAAUGUGCCCAUUGAGCACAUCAAUCACUCUAAGAGCAGGGACAUCUUCCUGAAGCGUGUGAAGGAGAACGACCAGAAGAAGAAGGAAGCCAAGGAGACGGGCACCCAGGUUCAGCUGAAACGCCAGCCUGUGCCACCCAGAGCAGCACACUUCAUGAGGACUGACUGGAAGAAGCCUGAGCUGCUGGAGCCCAUUCCAUAA